GAUCUUUCCUACUCUAAUCAGCGUUUAAACAAGAGGAUUUUGCUAACCAGCUCGCGUAGCUCAGUUCAGAGUUUAACUAACCUGGUGCCCUGUGGCCGGACUAAAUGAGCGAGGAUGCCUCUGUACCGGUCGAGAAGGCUUCAUGCUUACAUGUUGUGUUUCUUUACAGUGUUCAGCUCCAGCUUGUGGGAAGAUGAGGAAGAUGAUGACUCAACCUCAACAACAGGUCAAGGGAAUGCUUCAGGAAACAGCUCUCAGUGGCAGUUGUUUGAUGGACAGCAGUGGUCUCAGAUUUGUAAUGACCAUAUCAUCGAGUGUCACUAUUGCCAGCCAGGAGCAAGAGGGAUGACCAUCUAUACCAACUUGGGGUCUCUUCACAUUGACUUUGAUGAUAUGACAGUAACGGGGCCUUUUGCUGGACUUGGUGUGCGACGACAAACAUUUCUACCAUUUAACCAGAGUCAAGAAGUAGGAUGGUACUAUAAAGACAACACAUACUGGUGUGAAUAUGGAUCACAGGGAUCGAGUCACAACACUUCUUCAGUAAACAGCCAUGACCUGGAGCAGCAAUACAACUCUAACCCCAGAGGCUCCUUUCAGUUUAAAGUAGGAUCCACUGCCUACAAAUUGGACUUCUCUGCCAUGACCCAAACCAACCUGUCCACUUUGAUGACCAGGAAAGUGCGGAGACGACCAAAGUUUAACUCUGUAGUUUCAGCAAACAGCAGUUCUAUGGCUUUGGCAUCAUCUUCACUGUCCACAUUGUCCUUAAAUCCACCCACUGCCGUUACUUGGGAGUUUAUUGGUGAUGAAGGUGUCUGGAUGGAGUAUCAGAAACCUGGUUCUUCUCUGGACAGUAUGGACAUAGAGAAGCAAUAUCAGCUCAACCCACAGGGCCAGCUUAAUUUUACAGCUGGCCGAUACACAUACACGCUCUACUUCAGUGGAAUGUAUCAGAUCAGCAAUACCUUUGGAACAAAGCGGCACGUCAGGAGGACAAGUGGAAAUCAGCACAACAACAGCGCUCUGUCUCAAGCUCAUUGGCAGUUCAAAGACAUGGACGGCCGAUGGAAGGACUAUGUUAAAGGCAGUAAUCGGGGCAGGUGCACUGUCUCCAGUCAGGACAUUGAGGCUCAAUACCAGCAGAACAGCACAGGCACUAUGAGCUUCAGCACAGGAAAGUUCAAUUAUCAACUCGACUUCUCAGCUAUGGUCCAGACAAACCUUUCCACUUCUACAAGGAGGCCAGUCCGUCGCCUGUGACACUGCGCUGGUCAGUCCGACACACUGUGAGCAGUGACAGCUGAAGAGCAGUGAAAUCUCUCCGCAACAAUGGAGUUUACUGUUAUAUCUGGCAUCAGCUUACCUGUAUCUUCUAAACACUUGUGUUUUUCAAACACCUCUACCCCACCACUGCCUUAUGUUGCUCAGUACCUCUUGCCAUGUCAGACUCCCCGGACAUCCAGCUUUCAACUUUCAAUUAUUGCUCUUAUUCUUUCUCAAAAAAAAAAAUUCUUGUGUUAACGGCCACUGGAAUUAGGUAAUCGCUGCUAUUUUGCUGGUAUUUUAAGGGGAGCAUCUAUUCAGAAGGUUGAUGAAAGAGGCAUUUCCCAAAUUACUGGAGUGAAGGGAUUUCUACUUUGUUGGAGAAAGUCACUUACUCUUCUACAGCCCUGCGUUCUUGAAUUUGCUUUCCUUUCCUUCUAUCAUGCGCCAAAUGCUUUGCUUGUUUUUCUUUAUUUUAUCUUUAUUCAUGGGCCAAAUGUACAUUUUAAAAGGUAUUUAGCUGUGAUAUUGCAUUUUUCAAAGCCAUUUUAGGAGGUACUUUAUAUGCAAUGUUAAUAGCAAAUUAAAAGAAUAAAGUUAUUUUCUUUUA